GAUAAAGGAAAAAGAUUGAAUACAAAAAUGUCCAGUAACAUUGCAGUUGACAAUGUCGUUGCAGAAAAAGAUAAACUUGUUAAGUGCUGUUUUAAGUCACCGGAUACUGGCGAAAUUCUGAACAAUUGUGGAUUUGAUUUGCCACGUAAUAUUUCUGUGAGUUUCCUGGAGAAGUUUUGCAAAACCCUGUUGGGCGAAGAUGACACGGCGCCUUUAGUAUUUUAUAUAAAUGAUAAAGAAGUUGUAGAGACGUUAGAUAAAUACAUAGACUCUAACUAUCGCAUUGCGGAAGAUGUUGUAGACAUUGUGUAUCAGCAGCAGGCGAUAUUCAAAGUCAGAGCUGUUACAAGAUGUACAGGAUCUUUAGAAGGGCACAAAGAAGCUGUUAUAUCAGUUGCAUUUUCACCCGACGGCAAACAUUUGGCCAGUGGCUCCGGUGACACGACUAUAAGAUUAUGGGAUAUCUAUACGCAAACGCCACAUUUUACGUGUCAGGGACAUAAACAUUGGGUCUUGUGCGUUUCUUGGUCACCCUGUGGUUCUAAAUUUGCCUCUGCGUGUAAAAAUGGAUCGAUUUUUCUGUGGGACCCUUCUACCGGGCAGCAAAUAGGAAAAGCCAUGGCAGGACAUAAAAUGUGGGUAACAUCAUUGUGCUGGGAACCUUACCAUAAGAAUCCAGAGUGCCAGUUUUUGGCAAGCUCGUCCAAGGAUGGCGAUGUACGAAUCUGGGACACAAAGAGAGCACAAGUCUCUCGUAUCUUAUCUGGUCAUACAAAAAGCGUGACUUGUGUCAAGUGGGGUGGUAACGGCCUUAUCUAUUCUGCUUCUCAAGACAGGACCAUCAAAGUAUGGAGAGCGGAAGAUGGUGUAUUGUGUAGAACUUUAGAAGGUCAUGCUCACUGGAUUAAUACCUUGGCUUUAAACGUCGAUUAUGUGCUUCGGACUGGUCCGUUUCAAUUCAAUCCAAAUGCAAAUAACACGCUUAGCCCACUGCAAUGUGCAACUGAACAAUAUAAACGUUUGGGUGAAGAGAAACUUGUGUCCGGGUCUGACGAUUUCACGUUAUUCUUGUGGAAACCAGAAAAAGAGAAAAAACCAAUUGCAAGGAUGACCGGUCAUCAGCAACUUGUCAACGAUGUUAAAUUUUCACCUGAUGGUCGUACGAUUGCAUCCGCAUCUUUUGACAAGUCCAUCAAAUUAUGGGAUUCUCUUGGGGCUUUUAUCACCACAUUAAGGGGUCAUGUUCAAGCAGUUUAUUCUGUAGCAUGGAGUGCAGACUCUCAAAUGUUGGUCAGUGGCAGUGCGGACUCGACUGUGAAAGUUUGGCGUAUCAAAACUGGAAAACUGAUGCAUGAUUUACCCGGUCACGCGGAUGAAGUUUACGCGAUUGACUGGUCACCUGAUAGUCUACGAGUCGCAUCAGGUGGAAAGGACAAAAUAUUACGGAUAUGGCAACAUUAAAUUAAGUAUGUAUGUAUGUAUAAAAAUUAAUUUAUACGAAAAUUUUCAUAUCGUACUUUAUUUAAUUCAAUAAAGUUGUUUGAUACUGCUGAAUUAGCUGAUAAAUUUAGGUUACUAUUUAUAGAAAAUUUCGUUUUUCGAUAUUGGUAGCUCUGAAUAUAAUGGUACUUCACACAUUUCAAACUUCUCUCUAGUAGAAACUUAAGCCCAUUCUACAGUGGCAGUAAGCAGUAAGAGUUCCCAUUGGUCAGUUUUUGUAAUAAUCGAUUUCGAUUGGUCAUUUGUUACUGCUUACUGCAUUGCAGAAUGGGCUUUAUACUUUUCUCUAUCUAUUGGAUUGAGGAAUCCCCAUUCGAAAAAAAGAAAGUAAAUAAAGGCUGAAUUUCGUAAAAAAAAUAUAUAUAUCAAAUGCAAUAUGUAAAUAAGAGCUAAAACUACAAGCUUGUACUGCUUUUCAGAUGUACAUACAUACAUAUGAGAUUUUUGUUUAAUUAAAA